UCCUCUACAUCCUCAAUCUCUCAGCAGCAGUUUGUGUCCUGAGAGAACUGGCACCAAACUGACGCAUCCAUGGGGCGCGCACAUCAUCUUUAUUUCUCAACAUUACAAUUUGAAGUCAUAUAGGGGGAAAUAUUCACAUUAACGCAAGAAACACACGUUCAGUGCUCAGAACUCUUCCAGCCCGCCUCAGGAGCAGCAUAUCGUUUUAUAUUUGCAAAACAUAUCUAUAUCGUCGAGCUGUGGUGAUGGAUGGGGAUGCCUGUGUUCGCGUGUGGAGUCGACCGCUGCAAGUGAUGCUCCAGCAGAAGAAGAUCAAAGCGCGGAGGAAAAAGCGCAAGGAGUUGUUCGGAGGACAGAUGUGCUUCAUGGUUCUGCUGUUGCUCGUAGUGUCCGGCUUGUCCAGUUUGGCCGAAAAUUCCGGUUAUGACAUAUUCACUCUUUCUACUGAGGACAGUGAGAAAUGGGAGAGUCGCCGGCUGCUGCAAGACUUUGACAUUUACAGCAACUACACUGAUGACGUGCUGGUUGGACCCAAUGUUAAAAAGAACUGCACACCGCCUGGUAUACAUGAGUUCCCUGAUGAUAUUUUCACCAACCAGGAGCGAAUGGAGGGGGCUGUAGCCUUGCAUGUUCUUUGUGCCAUGUAUAUGUUUUACGCGCUGGCACUGGUGUGUGAUGACUUCUUUGUGCCCUCUCUGGAGAAGAUCUGUGAGCGCCUUCACCUUAGUGAGGAUGUAGCAGGAGCCACUUUCAUGGCGGCAGGCAGUUCAGCUCCUGAGCUUUUCACCUCAGUCAUAGGUGUAUUUAUCACCAAAGGAGAUGUGGGAGUGGGGACAAUCGUGGGCUCUGCUGUCUUCAAUAUCCUGUGCAUCAUUGGAGUGUGUGGGAUCUUUGCUGGACAGGUAGUACGACUCUCAUGUUGGACGCUAAUAAGAGACUCUGUGUACUACACUAUCUCAGUGGCCACUCUGAUCGUGUUCAUCUAUGACGAGAAAGUGACAUGGUGGGAAUCACUUGUCCUUGUAUUGAUGUACCUAGUUUACAUUUUAAUAAUGAAAUUUAAUUCGCGGGUGGUUCAUUACAUCGAGCGGCGGAAAAAGAACUCUGCAAAUCUGGGUAACGGCACAGCAAGUAACACAGACAUUGACGAUGGAUGUGAAGCCACUGUUGUGCUGCUUAAGAAAGCAAAUUUCCACAGGAAACCAUCAGUGCUGAUGGUGGACGAGCUCCUGUCUGCAUACCCUCAUCAGCUGACCUUCUCUGAGGCCGGAAUGAGAAUCAUGAUAACCAGCCACUUCUCCCCUCGCACACGCCUGACGAUGGCCUCACGUAUGCUUAUCACAGAGAGGCAGCGCCUGAUAAACAGUCAUUUCAGUAAUGGUGACUCAGAGACGACAGUGAAGAUACCUGGGAAGCGUGGGGUGGAGAAUGGGCUGGCAGGACCGGACCUGGGCCUGAAUGGGCGAAAGGGAGUUUACCAUGACAACAACAGGGGAGGGGCUGAAGCUGGCACUGACACAGAAAAUGAGAACGAGGACAAUGAGAACAAUGAGAACGAUGAGGAGGAAGAGGAGGAAGAUGAGAACGAGGGACCCUUCCAUCCAUUACGCUGCCCCGGUGGGUGCAUUGAUAAGCUAAAGUGGCUGCUGGCCUGGCCACUGAGUCUGCUGCUAUUUUUCACUGUGCCCAACUGUGCCGUGCCCCGCUGGGAGCGCUGGUAUAUGGUCUCGUUCAUCAGCUCCACUCUCUGGAUUGCUUCCUUCUCUUACAUCAUGGUGUGGAUGGUCACAGUGAUUGGUUACACUAUGGGCAUCCCUGAUGUCAUCAUGGGUAUCACUUUCUUGGCUGCUGGCACCAGCGUUCCUGACUGCCUUGCCAGCUUAAUUGUGGCACGGCAAGGUAUGGGUGACAUGGCAGUGUCCAACUCCAUUGGCAGUAAUGUGUUUGAUAUCCUGAUCGGGCUUGGCCUGCCCUGGACCCUCCAGACUUUGGCCAUAAACUAUGGCUCCACAAUUCACCUGAACAGCAAAGGCCUCAUUUUCUCUGUUGGGUUGCUGUUGGCAUCUGUGUUUCUCACGGUUCUCGGUGUACAUCUGAAUAAGUGGAAACUUGACACGCGUUUGGGUAUCAUUUGUUUGCUGAUGUAUGCUGUCUUCCUGUGCUUCUCCAUCCUCAUCGAGUUCAACGUAUUCACCUUUGUCAAUCUGCCCACCUGCCGCGAGGAAUAAGUUCAUUCCUUUUCUCUGCCCUCCUUCUUUGACCUUGUGAGGACCAUUGCACAAGUCCUCCGUCAGGGGCAGAUCGACUGUCGUUCUGAAGGAAUAUUUAUUUAUUGAUCUAGUUGUUCCUCUCUUUUUCUUUACAAUGGCUGCAAUAUAAAUGGAGUCUCUGGGUCUGUGGUGUUUUACGACAGAGAAGAGAAAGGAGUGUUUGCACGUCGUUGAUUGAUAUAAACUCUUCCGAAUGGAUGGGACGAUUAUAAAAGAUGACUACUGCCUGGUUUGAUGUGAAUACUUUUUUUUUUUUUUCAAAAAUAUUUUGCAUAUUACAUAUUUAAAGAAUGUGAUCUUAAUGUAUUUUAUGAUGCCAUUUGUUUUAUUAGCUGCUAAAUGUCAGAAGAAAAGGCUGGACUAAGUUGAUAGAUAUAUUUGAGGAAUUAUUUUGUGCUGAAAGGUACUGGUGACCUAUAGUAAAUACUUGUGAAAAUGCUGAAGUGGUAGACCAGGCGCAGAGAGAAUCCUCUUUUAUUUGGGCAUUACCCAAGUCAUUACUUUCAACCUUCAUAUCACAGAUGAGAAUAUGUUACUUUUCAGAGGAAGGAAUAAAGGUGACAAAGUCUGUAAGAUAAGAUCAACUUUCAGUCAAAGAGCUUUAAAGCACUUUGUCACGGUUUAGGAAAUGUCGCUAUAGGGAGGAAACGGACAUUUGUUUUGCACCUGUGUGGAUGCUACAACAUACUACCAACAGCAACAUAUUUAUGUUAAUUGAAAAGUUGUUAUUGUGCGGUAUAAGGGGUUUCUAUACAUGUGUUUAUGAGCUUUCUUGUGUCUCUAAUACUCUCUAUAUAUAUUGAAAUGGAGAAACAUUUCUUUAUUAAUUUAUUGAAAACUAUUUAUGCACAUAAUUUCCUAUGACGUACUGAAACAAAACCAACCCACAGCUGUCCCAAAGAAGAGACCAUUCUGGAGUUUUAGCCAGGCUACGCCGUUCUUGUCCUUCAGAGCUCGUGUAUCAGCCUUUUCUACUGGAUUCUUUCUUCUUCAUCUCUGAACAUUAUGCACCAUUUUAGAUGCACCUUUGACUUAAUACGUAAAACAGUUUCUACUAUUUGAUAUUUGUGUAACAUGACAUCAGAGGUAAUUGUAGUGAUUUUUUGAACACAAAACUUUGGCAGGCAAGUACGGAAAAAUAUAUAAAUACAUAAUAUAUAUAUUUUAUACUUAACUGUUUUGACAUUAAAGAAUGGCCCAUUCCCUUUAGAGUGGAUGGACUGAGUGAGCCACAAACCUAAGAAGCUGAUUAGCAGGAACUUGUCCUGGUAAAAUGAAGCUAAUGUCUAUGUAAUUUUGAAAAUACUUUUUCUUAGAUGUAGCUCAAAAGAGCCUAGAAGUUUGCUCUAGAAGUGGUCAUCAUUUUCUGUUAGCAUGCCACUCUAAACUUGGGGUUUAUCAAGGAUUUUUUUUUUUUCAAUGAAUCCUCUGAGCAGAAAAGAGAUAAAUAUACAUGUCCAAGGAUGCAGUUAAUAAUAUGGAUUUUUCAGAUGUUCUUUGUGCUUUUGUGUCUGUUUUAUAGUCACGGGGCUAAUUACUUAAAUACUUAUUUGAAGGAUGACUUUGGUUCUGUGGAUCUCAAAUAGACCACCACAAUAAAUCACAGCUGGAAGCUUUUAACUGUGGCACAAUAAGUGGAUGUUUGGACUUUCAUGCUCCUAUUUCUUCUUUUUCCUCAAAGAGGUUUUUAGUGAGCUGGAAAAAAGUAGCGAUUCUGUGGACAAUUUUAGUCUAGUUAGCAACUACAUGCAGAUUUCCUAGUCUAAAGGCACACUGCAGGGAAAUAUUUGUUUUAUGCACUAGUUGUUACUGGGUGUCUUCUUGUAUGUCAAAUUUUAAGAAUAGAAUUUAGGUGAAAUAGAAACAAAUCUGGAAGAGUAUUGUGUGAAGUAUUUUUAACAUAAAGCAACUUUAUAUUUUGUAAUGCAAAAUGUUUAGAAAUGUUUUCUGCUUUUUAAAAUUCUGUAGGAUGUGCUUCAAGUGAAUCAGCAUAUUUAUUCUUUAGCUCAUAAAACAAAUUUUCAAUCUGUCAGCUUACUGUUGAAGUUCAGAGUACUUUUAGCAUGCUUAAAGUCAAAGGUCACAGUUCAUAAAUUCUUUGAUCACUAAUGUAAAAAAAAAAAAAAAAGAACUUUUAGGGAAGAACUUUUCCCUAGGUUGACAGAGAUUAUAUUAUAACUAUGAAAAUUUAACUUUCUAGAUCACUAAAAUAGACCUCAUAAAUGUAAAUUACUUACCAAAAAUACAACUACAGGUCGAGGGUUUGAGCAAUGUGCUGUUCCAGAUAAAUAUAAGCUAUGUGUAAUCCAAGUAGAGUGUACAGUAUGGAGCUGUGUUUGGAUGCUGAAGAUUGUUAGUUUAAUUAUAAGCAAGGUAUUAUCCAUAAGGAUGGUGUGAGGAAAGCAGGGUUUAAUGAAAAUAUGUUUCAUUUAUUAAAUGCAAUAAUGUUUAGAUUAAUGAAUUGCUGUGUUUGUAUCUUUUCUUGUAAAUCCUAAACAUGACACAUCACAUUCAUCACAUUUAUGCUACAUCUAUAUUUCUGUAAGUUUUGAAGAAGUUUGUGCACUCUGUGCUCAAUAAAAGUGCAACAAAAUUGGCUUUCACUGCAACUCUCCAAAAUGCUCCAAAAUCUAUGAGCACUGCUGCUUGGGAGAUAUUAUGAAACAUGAAUGCCCGUGUUUAUGGUUAUAAUAACAACCAUAUACUUAAAGAUUGGGAAACUUGUCUACAGAUUCAAUGAUUAUUCCGUACUGACCAAUGCUACUGUAUUUGGCCAACACUUCUGAAAACAAAAGUGCUGCUUUUCGUUUAUACGCACAAAUAAUAAUAAUAAUAAUAAUAAUAAAGAGGGCAUACAACCAGUUAGCCCAUAUCUAGACAAGUUUCCCCUCAUAUUUCCUUUCCUUGUAUGCUGAUAUGUCUUCAUGGAUUCCGGCAUAUUUGAAACAAAAAUGUGACUCAUACAGGGUGAUGCAUUGCUGAUGUACAUAAAUAUACAUACAUGAAAAUGUCUUCAUAUCUUUUGUCUGUUGACUAUAUUUUCAUAGAUACUGUACAAUGUUUCGUCCCUUUAUUUGUUUAUUUUUGUUGUUGUGUUGAGGUUUGAUUAAACACCCUUGGUUUUCUAA